AUGCCCUCCGAAGUCACCCCCUCCACGAACAACCACGACUUCAUCCUCACUGCCCUCCGUCAAAACCUCCGCCUCGACUCCCGUCCCCUCGACACCUACAGGCCUAUAGACCUAACCUUCUCUUCCGACCCAGAUACCUACGGCCAGACAGACGUCCGAAUAGGCAAAACACGAGUCCUCUGCAACAUCAGCUGCGAAGUAGGAGCACCAUACCCAGACCGAAAAUUCGAUGGCGUCUUCACGAUCAGUUGCGAACUUGGCCCUAUGGGAUCACCGGCGUGGGAGGUAGGGCGACAAGACCAGACGGAGAUUAUCUUGUCACGGAUACUAGAGAAGACAGUACGGAGAAGUGGGGCGCUGGAUACGGAGAGCUUGUGUAUUGUGGCAGGACAGAAAUGCUUUCACCUACGAGCAGACAUACAUAUAUUGGAUCACGAUGGGAAUGUACUAGAUGCCGCCUGUUUCGCCUUAAUGGCAGCUCUAUUACAUUUCCGACGACCGGAUGUCUCGAUCGAGGGGGAGGAGGUCACGGUGUACAGUGUCAGGGAACGAGAACCGGUCAAGUUGACCAUGACACAUCAUCCUUUUUGCAUCACGACCUCCUUCUACCCUUCUCGACAAGGUUCGGACGAUGAUCUCAUUAGUGUUCUUGACACCACACUGCAAGAGGAACAAUGUCGGACUGGCAGUCUAACGAUCUCGCUCAAUCGGCAUGGAGAGGUAUGCAAUAUAGCCAAAUACGGAGGCGUGGGGAUCGAGGGGCUGAGCGUAUUAACUUGUGUCAAUGCCUCGUUGGAAAAGGCCAAGAUGUUCGAUCGCUUGUUGAAGGAGAGGUUGGCGGAGGAUGAGAAAGCUAGGCAGGCGAAGAUAGGGGCGAUGGGGUUGGAGUUGAGUGCGGAGAAUGAGAGGGUGAUGGAAAGGCCGGUGGGGUGA